UCUUGAAAAGGCGCUGUGCACGAGCUGCCGUUCUACUUACUUGGCGUUCAGUAUUAGGUUGACUUGUGCGUGAAUUGUUGUUGGUUAAAUCGGAUUUCUGUUUUAUCUCUGUUGUGUAUCAGCCUUAAGCAGGGUGCUCAAGCUCGGAUACCUUGCCCUUUCAGAGAUAUUAUUUUUUUUGCUGUUGGACGUGGCGACGGAGGUUCUGAAAAUGGUGCAGAUUAAGAAGAUCUGUUGCAUCGGUGCUGGGUAUGUUGGGGGACCCACAUGCAGUGUCAUUGCACAGAUGUGUCCUGAAGUAACUGUCACAGUUGUGGAUGUAAAUGAACAGAGGAUUAAAGCUUGGAAUUCAGAGAGUCUCCCUAUUUUUGAGCCUGGCUUGCAAGAAGUGGUGGAAUCAUGCCGAAAUGUAAACCUGUUCUUCUCCACGGAUAUUGACCGUGCCAUUCAAGAAGCUGAUCUGGUUUUCAUUUCUGUGAAUACUCCAACUAAAACAUUUGGCAUUGGAAAAGGACGAGCAGCUGAUCUAAAAUAUAUUGAAGCAUGUGCAAGACGGAUAGCAGAUGUUUCAGAUGGAUGCAAGAUUGUAGUAGAGAAGAGCACCGUACCUGUCCGUGCAGCAGAAAGCAUUCGAAGGAUAUUUAAUGCAAACACAAAAGCCAGUCUUAACUUCCAGGUGUUGUCCAAUCCAGAAUUCUUAGCAGAAGGCACUGCUAUAUCGGAUCUGAAGAAUCCUGACAGAGUUCUUAUUGGUGGCGAUGAGACUCCAGAGGGACAAAAGGCAAUUGAAGCACUUCGCAACAUCUAUGAGCACUGGGUACCUAAAACAAAAAUCAUCACCACCAAUACCUGGUCAUCUGAGCUUUCCAAACUGGCUGCCAAUGCAUUUCUGGCCCAGAGAAUCAGUAGCAUUAACUCCAUCAGUGCGCUCUGUGAAGUAACCGGAGCAGAUGUGGAAGAGGUUGCACAUGCCAUAGGCACUGACCAAAGAAUUGGGAGCAAUUUUCUCAAGGCAAGUGUAGGGUUUGGUGGUAGCUGUUUCCAGAAAGAUGUUCUUAACCUGGUUUACCUUUGUGAAGCCCUCAACCUGCCAGAAGUAGCCAGAUAUUGGCAACAGGUAAUCGAAAUUAAUGACUAUCAGCGUAGGCGAUUUUCCUCCCGCAUCAUCGGUUGCCUCUUCAAUACAGUGACAGAUAAGAAGAUUGCACUUCUUGGAUUUGCAUUUAAAAAAAACACUGGUGAUACAAGGGAGUCGUCCAGCAUAUACAUUAGUAAAUAUUUGAUGGAUGAAGGAGCACGCCUUUACAUUUAUGAUCCAAAAGUAAAGCGAGAACAGAUCUUUCAAGAUCUUUCUCACCCUGCCAUCUCAGAUGACCCAGAAAGAGUUUCUCGAUUGGUCACAGUCUCUAUGGACCCUUAUGAUGCUUGUGAAAAUGCACAUGCUAUUGUGAUCUGCACAGAGUGGGAUAUGUUUAAGGAACUGGACUAUGAACGGAUCUACAAAGCCAUGCUAAAACCAGCAUUUAUAUUUGACGGAAGGCGCAUUUUAGACAGUCUUUAUGAUCAGUUGCAGCACAUGGGCUUUCAGGUGGAGACUAUCGGCAAGAAAAUUAACCAGAGGAUUCCUUUCACGGCUAAUGGUGGUUCCCAGUCUCCUUCUUCAAAAAGAGUUAAAAUUUGAGGAGGACUGACUAGUUUGUAGUGGAUUUUUUUUGGGGGGGGGAGGGGAGGAGAUUAAUAAAUUUUAAAUCCAAAAAGUGACCUUCCUGUUUAGCAACACAGAUGCUGUUUAUAUGAUUUUUGCCUUAAAAAAAAAAAAAAACAAAAUGGCAGUGUCCGUCGUGAACUGUAAAGCUCACAAAGCUAAUAUGCAUUUGAACAUUUUACCAAUGGUUUUGAAGCAGAGUAUCAGUCAAAUGAAGUGUGUGUGUGUGUGUGUGUGUAUAUAUAUAUUAUAAAAUGUAUGUGUGUGUGCAGAAAAUAUAUACACACAUACACAGCUGUACACACACACACACGCAUAUAUGUAUGUAUGUGUUUAAGUGCCUUGUAGUAAAUGCAAAGAGCAGAUCCAUUCACUAUGGUUCAUAAAUCCUACCAGAACCUGUUAGAACAGUUUGACAGCUUUCUUAAUUUAUUUCUUUUUUUUUUU